ACACGUUGGUGUAGCAACAGCGGACUCGCCGUUGUGCAGGUGCUUUGCAUACGUCUGCUCCUCGCCUCUCCUCCGCGCGGCUCCCGGUGUUCGGACUGGACCAGAGUCAUGGCUAACCCGGUGACGGACAUGUGCGAGCGGCUCGUCAAAGCUGUCAACCUUAUGAUGGACCCACAAACUAGCCAAAUUUGCCGACUGGAGGCCCUGAAGUUCUGUGAGGAAUUUAAAGAGUCAAGCACCCUCUGCAUCCCAUGUGGUCUCAAACUUGCUGACAAAGCCCAUUCAGCUGUAAUAAGACAUUUUGGACUGCAAAUUCUUGAACAUGUUAUCAAAUACAAAUGGAACAACAUGGCACAACAGGAGAAAGUGCAACUAAAGGAGUGUGCCAUGCAACUGUUGUCAAGUGGUACCCGCUCAGUGCUGGAGGAGGAGAGCCAUAUCAAAGAUGUCCUCUCCCGAAUCACCGUGGAGAUGAUCAAGAGGGAAUGGCCUCAGCACUGGCCAGACAUGCUGAAAGAGAUGGAGGCGCUGACCAGCCAAGGGGAGGCUCAGACAGAACUGGUCAUGCUGAUCUUGUUACGAUUGGCCGAAGACGUGAUCACCUUCCAGACCCUUCCCACCCAGAGGCGCAGAGACAUCCAGCAGACGCUCACUCAGAACAUGGACAGUAUCUUCAGCUUCAUGAUGGCCAUUCUGCACAUGAAUGUAGAGGACUAUCGCAGAGUGAAAUCUGUACCUGGAAUGGAACUUAAGGCCAGAGCUCACUGUCGGGUUGCCGUGGCGACGCUGAACACUCUGGCAGGGUACAUAGACUGGGUGAGCCUGGCACACAUCACCAACAAUAACUGCCAGCUCCUGGAGAUGCUGUGUCUGCUGCUGAGCGAACCUGAGCUGCAGCUGGAGGCUGCAGAGAGUCUGCUCAUCGCCAUCAGCCGCAAGGGCAGGCCAGAUGAGAGGAAACCGUUUAUGCUUCUCUUUGGGGAUGUGGCCAUUGAUGUGAUCCUCUCUGCUGCUCAGUCAGCUGAUGGACUGGCUGUUCAGAAAUCGCCUGAUGGAAAUUCUGUUGAAGUUGUGGAGCGGCGUUAUGUCUUCCUGAAGAGGCUGUGUCAAGUGCUGUGUGCAAUGGGAAGCCAGAUGUGCUUUUUAGCUGGUUCUGAAUUGGGCAUUGAAAUUCCUGCAAAUCUGUGCAAGUACACUGAAGCGCUUAUGGCCUUCACUACACAUACAAGCCAUUUAUUGAAAAUGUCCACUCUACCGACUUGGGGAGCUCUGUUCAGACAUGAGAUCCUGUCCAAAGAUCCAGUGAUUGUGGAGAUGGCCAAAAAAUACAUGAAGACGUGCAUGACCAACUUAGUCAAGACAGGGUAUCCAUCCAGAAAUGAUCACCCUAGUUGUAUGUACUCCAGAGUGGACUUUGACAACGAUGAAGAUUUUCACUCAUUUUCUAUUGUGUUCCGAGCUCAGCAGAGCGACAUGUUGAGGCUAGCAUGUCGAAUCGCUCCUCUAGAAGCUUUCCAGAUCGUAGCCGAGUGGUUGCAGUUCCAGAUCGCUAGUCCUGUUGAUAUUGGGGAUGCUAGCACAACGUCUUCGGAAGGUCUGUGCUCCAUCCUGUCCCCAUCAGUGAUUCACUGGGACGCAGAGACCAUAUUUAUGGAGUGUUUGGUCGGACAAAUCUUCAAAUAUGUGGAGGCUGAGAAGUUGCCCAUCGACCAGAGCGUGGAGCUUCUUCAGGCUCUGCUCAACUAUGAGACCAAAGACCCUCUCAUCCUGUCCUGUGUCCUCACCAACAUCUCAGCACUCUUCCCUUUUAUUACACACAGACCACAACUGCUGCCUCCAGUUCUAUAUAAGCUAUUCAAAUCCGUCACCUUUGAGACAACCCAAGGCAAAAAUGUGCCCCGGACACGAGCUGUAAAGAAUGUUCGGAGGCACGCUUGCUCCUCCAUCAUCAAAAUAUGCAGAGACUACCCAGAAUUCCUUGUGCCGUGUUUCGACAUGUUCUACGACCACAUGAAGACCCUGUUUGACACAGACCCCACCAUCACAUAUCUGGAGAAGUGUGCCCUGAUGGAGGCCGUGGUGCUCAUCAGUAACCAGUUCAAAGACUUCAACAAGCAGAAAGCCUUCUUGGAGCAACUGCUAGCUCCAGUGGUCUCAGACUGGACAUCAGAAGAGUUGGGCCUCGUUUUGUCAAACCCUGCGAUGUUCCUGUCCUUUGUGGGAGCAGACCAGGUCAUCACAGAGCAGAACAAAGAGGCAGAGGCUAUUAGCUGCAAUAGAGCACGGCUGAGUUUCUGCCUGUACGUGCUGUCCGGUGUGUUCAAACGCACUCGCUGGCCCACUGACCUGGAAGAGGCCAAAGCUGGAGGAUUCGUCGUGGGCUACACCCCCAGCGGAGACCCCAUCUACAGAAACCCCUGCUCCGCCAUAUUUUUAUCCCUGCUGCCCAACCUGUUUGCACUGAUACGCACACAAAAUACCCUGUUCCUACCUGAUAACUUGGCUUGUUUGAGUGAGACUUUCGCCCACGCUCAUGAGAUAAUGGAUGGGGACAAGAAGGCUUUACUUGGUAUUACACAGCCUCUCCUUGACAUUUAUGACUCUCCUGUUUGUAAAAGUAACCUGGAGCGUAUGCAGGGCUUCUUCUCAACUGUGUACGACAACUGCUUCCAUGCCCUGGGUAAUGCAGGCCAGUCUCUGAUGCAGGACUUCUACUCCAUUGAGGGACUGUCCCAGGAGAUCAGCACCUCUGUUUUUGGCACCUUGGACCAUGUGCCUGACCACAGGCUCCGCCCCAUCAUCCGUGUUUUUAUGGCUAAGCUGGUGCAGCCAUGUCCUCCAGAGUAUUAUGAGAGCCUCUUGUGCCCCCUGUUGGGCCCUCUGUUUUCCUACAUGCUGCGGAGACUGAGCUUAAAGUGGCAGUUCAUUAACCAGAAAACUUUAAAUGAAGGAGAGGAUGAAGAGGAGGUGCUUUCUCAUGAGAGCCAGGUCACACAGGAGAUGCUGGAGGAACAUCUGGUCAUUCUCAUCACCAGGGAGCUCAUGGAGUUUCUAUCCAUGUCUUGUGUUACAAGAAAAGUACCUGAAAGCAAAACUGAAUCACAUAAGGAAGAGGCUGAUGAGGAUGAAAUGAUAACAGACACGACGCAGGCGGUAAACUCUGCUCACUCCACAGAGCUGACUGAACUGGGCAAGUGUUUAGUCAAACAUGAGAACAUAUACAUGAGCAUGUUGACUCUUGCAUUCACUGCUAUCUCAUGGAGAGACACCACCAUCUGUAACAGGACGGCCUCUCUGGUCUGCUGGACAUUGCUGCGACCGGCCACAGCGGGUAACCUCCUCCCUGAUGCAGUGACAUGGUUCUUCACCAGUGUACUGAGAGCUCUGCAGGUUCACGGGCAGCAUGAGGUCUGCAAUAAUACUCUGAACCAGCUCGCCAUGCUCAUCUAUGAGAGCCUGCGCCCUCGCUACACUGAGCUGAGAGCCGUGAUGACGCAGGUGCCCAACAUCAACAUGGAGGCUCUGGAUCAGUACGACCAAAAACUGCUGGACCCCAAAGCCCAAAAGCCCGGUGAGAAGAAAAGGAAAGACCAGUUCAAGAAGCUCAUAGCUGGAACCAUUGGGAAAGCUCUAUGCCAACAAUUCAGGAAGGAAGUCCACAUUAGGAAUCUCCCAACUCUGUUUAAAAAGCCAAAGGAGGACAAGGAUAUAGUGCUGCAGAGCGAGGUAGUUGGGCUGGAGGCUCUGUUUGCUCCAACCGCAGACGACCUGUAAGAGGAACCAAACGGACAUCUCACAGACUGAAAAAACACAAUAAUAGAUUUUUUUUUUUCUUUCAUGGUAUGUAUAUGUUAGCAUUUGUAUCGCGACAUUGCAAGGCGUUUGUCCUGCUGAGCUAUGCGGUAAUGUUUUGUUUUUCUUUUGUUUUUUUUGUUUUUUUUGCAAAUACAUUCCGAUCUUAAGAAUGUAACUGCAACUGAUGCGUAUUAAAAUUAAUCUGAUCACAAUAUACACAUUAUUGCAUAAAAAAAAAAUGCAAAUUAUAAUUAUGACAAAUUUGAAGAAUUUUAAAAUAAAAUUACUGAAUUUGAAAAUAGGCUCACACAACCAAAACUGGUUAUAAGCCAAAAAUUACAGGGUGAAAUUUAAAGUAAUAUCGACAAAAAAAUAUUUUUUUUGUAUGACUUUACUUUUUAUGUAUUUGUAAGUGAUAAAUUUCAUAAUGGCUACUUUAUAAAUGUUAACAUGUCCAUGAAGAAGGUAGAAAAAAAGUAUUUAUGUCUCUUUUCGAAAUUAGACUUUGUUACAAGCUUGUAAUGUACACUGCAGCGCCAUAAGCUAACAAAGCUGCGCUAGCCCAAGUAUUUCUCAUUGAUUUUGUGUACGUCUCAUACUAAUAUUACGGCCUUGUUUUGUGCCAGCUCUCUGUAAACACACAAUUGAGUCUUUCAGAACACAGUAGUAGUAGUGAAGCAAAUAAGCACUACAUUCCAUAUCACUAUGAAUAGUUGUAGAUUUUUUUUGGAAGCGUCACAAAAUGGAGGUGUUCUUUAUAUGUUAACAUGUCUGCACCUUUUAUGCUUACAGAUGAGUUAGCAAGUCAAAUGCUGUCUUUCUGCGAAUGGUUUGAUUGAAAUUUCAUAAUCAUUUCUAAAAUAUAUUUGAGGUGUACUCACAGGUAUAAAGGAUUUUAAGUCCAC